CGACUCAUCUACAACAUUUCCCGCCAGGCGACCUUGCGACUCACAGAUAGACCCCGCGCUAAGCUCCGAGGCUUCGUUUCUCAUUUCUUACGACUGUACCAACUCAGACUUCACCAAUUGGCGUCUCAGCGCUCUCCCAAGCGCGCAUCUACCCCACCAUGGCGGACGACACGCAGGCCAUAAAAGACGAGAUCGCGCUUCUAGAAAAAAACAUUGCAGAGCUGCAAGCACAGCUAAAGGAUGCGCAAGCAAGACUGGAGAAGAAACAGUGGGAUGCCGUGGACAGGACUUUCGACACCAAGCUGUCGGUGGACCAGCAGCUCGCGCUCAUUAAUACGAAUCUGAAGGAGGUGCUCAAUCCGGAGAUUAUGGAGAGCGUGCUAAGGAAAGGCGAGCACUUGAAGAUCUACUGGGGCACCGCGACGACGGGGAGGCCGCACUGCGGUUACUUCGUUCCGGUCCUCAAAAUCGCACAGUUCCUCCGCGCCGGUUGCCACGUCAAGAUCCUUCUCGCUGACAUCCAUGGCUUCCUCGAUAAUCUGAAAGCGCCCAUUGAGCUCGUCAAAUACCGCGCCGAGUACUACCGCUUCGUCAUCAUUGCGCUCCUCAAAGCGAUCAAUGUACCCAUCAAUAAGCUCGAGUUCGUGCUCGGGUCUGAGUUCGAGCUCAAGCCGGAUUAUAUGAUGGAUGUGCUACGGCUGGCGAGUAUAACCAGCGAGCACGACGCGAAGAAGGCCGGUGCGGAGGUAGUCAAGCAGACAGAGAACGCGCCGCUGUCAGGCUUGAUUUACCCGCUAAUGCAAGCGCUCGACGAGCAAUACCUCGACGUCGACGUCCAAUUCGGCGGCCUGGACCAGCGCAAGAUCUUCGCCCUCGCAAAGGAAGUCCUCCCUAAGGUCGGAUACAAGGAGCGAUGUCAUCUCAUGAACCCCAUGGUCCCUGGUUUGCAAGGCGGCAAGAUGAGCGCCAGCGACCCAGACUCGAAGAUCGACGUCCUGGACACGGCAGACGCAGUGCGGAAGAAGCUAAAGAAGGCCUUUGCGCCGCCGAAGCAGGUCGAGGAGAACGGCAUCCUGAGCUUCGUCGAGUACGUGCUGCUACCGGCCGGCGAACUCAGGCACGGGACACCGAAAUUCAUAGUCGAGAGGAGAGAUGCGGAGCCGCUCGUCUACACCGAAAUAGCGCAAAUGCAUAAGGAUUACCUGGACGACAUUCUCACCCCACAAAUGCUCAAGCCCGCCGUAACAGAAGCCCUCGUCGAGCUCCUGGCCCCCGUCCAAUCCGAAUUCCAGGCCACGCCCGCAUGGCAAGAAAUCGAGAAAAAGGCCUACCCACCACCGCCCGCGCCGCCCAAGAAGGAAAAGAAGAAGAAGGACAAGGGGACGGGAUACCCGGGUGCGAAGAAGGUCACUGCCCAGCCAGAUGGGCAUGUCGAGGGUGCGGAUAAGGCGGUGGUGGAUGUCGGAGCUGAUGGUGGGGCGAAGGCGAUGGAGAAGCUGGGGUUGGAGGAGAAGUAAGAUACGGCUGAGGGCAAUGCGGCGGUUGGAAAUGCGGGUUCAAAAGUUUAGAAAGCUUUGGGUUUUUAGCGGCGUUUAUGCAUAGGGAGUGCAGUGGGGACGAUGGACGAGACGUCGAUAUACCAAAGCAUGCACGAGAAGUCAUAUAGACGACGGAACGGAUGAAUGGCAAGACAUCACACCCAUCCCACACUUGAAAGCAUGGAUGCGUUAUGUACGUAUUCAAUUGAUGG